GAGCGCCAGAGAGGCAGCGCGCGGCGCGCAGGGACUGGGGGCUGCCGGUGCCGCACGGGGAAGAUGUAAGCGCGUGGGGUCUCGCUGGCCUCCGAGCACCAUGCAGAAAGGGAUCCGGCUUAACGAUGGCCACGUCGCGUCCCUGGGACUGCUGGCGCGCAAGGACGGCACGCGCAAAGGCUACCUGAGCAAGCGGAGUUCGGACAACACAAAAUGGCAAACCAAGUGGUUCGCGCUGCUGCAGAACCUGCUCUUCUACUUCGAGAACGACUCGAGCUCGAGGCCCUCGGGGCUCUACCUACUGGAGGGCUGCGUCUGCGACCGCGCGCCCUCCCCCAAGCCGGCGCUCUCGGCCAGGGAGCCACUGGAGAAACAGCACUACUUCACGGUGAACUUCAGCCACGAGAACCAGAAAGCCUUGGAGCUGAGGACAGAGGAUGCAAAGGACUGUGACGAGUGGGUGGCAGCCAUCGCUCAUGCCAGUUACAGGACCCUGGCCACAGAGCACGAAGCGCUGAUGCAGAAGUACCUGCACCUGCUGCAGAUCGUGGAAACCGAGAAGACAGUGGCCAAGCAGCUGCGGCAGCAGAUCGAGGACGGGGAGAUCGAGAUCGAGCGGCUGAAGGCAGAGAUCGCAUCCCUGCUCAAGGACAAUGAGCGUAUCCAGUCCACCCAGACUGUCACCCCCAACGACGAGGACAGUGACAUCAAGAAAAUUAAGAAGGUGCAAAGCUUCUUGCGGGGCUGGCUCUGCCGGCGCAAGUGGAAGACCAUCAUCCAGGACUACAUCCGGUCGCCCCACGCCGACAGCAUGCGCAAAAGGAACCAGGUGGUGUUCAGCAUGCUGGAGGCCGAGGCCGAGUACGUGCAGCAGCUGCACAUCCUGGUCAACAACUUCCUGCGACCGCUGCGCAUGGCCGCCAGCUCCAAGAAGCCGCCCAUCACGCAUGAUGACGUCAGCAGCAUUUUCCUGAACAGCGAAACCAUCAUGUUUUUACAUCAGAUCUUUUACCAAGGCCUGAAAGCCCGCAUCUCCAGCUGGCCCACGCUGGUCCUGGCCGACCUGUUCGACAUCCUGCUGCCCAUGCUCAACAUCUACCAGGAGUUCGUGCGCAACCACCAGUACAGCCUGCAGAUCCUGGCCCACUGCAAGCAGAACCGCGACUUCGACAAGCUGCUCAAGCACUACGAGGCCAAGCCCGACUGCGAGGAGAGGACGCUGGAGACCUUCCUCACCUACCCCAUGUUCCAGAUCCCCAGGUACAUCCUGACCCUGCACGAGCUCCUGGCCCACACGCCGCACGAGCACGUGGAGCGCAACAGCCUGGACUACGCCAAGUCCAAACUGGAGGAGCUGUCCAGGGUCAUGCACGAUGAAGUGAGCGAGACGGAGAACAUCCGGAAGAACCUGGCCAUCGAGCGCAUGAUCAUCGAGGGCUGCGAGAUCCUCCUGGACACCAGCCAGACCUUCGUGAGACAAGGUUCCCUUAUCCAGGUGCCCAUGUCCGAAAAGGGCAAGAUCACCAGGGGGCGCCUGGGGUCUCUGUCCCUGAAGAAGGAGGGCGAGCGGCAGUGCUUCCUGUUCUCCAAGCACCUGAUCAUCUGCACCAGAGGCUCCGGGGGGAAGCUCCACCUGACCAAGAACGGAGUCAUAUCGCUCAUCGACUGCACCCUGUUGGAGGACCCGGAGAGCACAGAGGAGGAAGCCAAAGGGUCCGGCCAAGACAUAGACCACUUGGAUUUCAAGAUCGGGGUGGAGCCAAAGGACUCCCCACCCUUCACAGUCAUCCUGGUGGCCUCGUCCAGACAAGAGAAGGCAGCAUGGACCAGUGACAUCAGUCAGUGUGUGGAUAAUAUCCGCUGCAACGGGCUCAUGAUGAACGCGUUUGAGGAGAACUCCAAGGUCACUGUGCCACAGAUGAUCAAGUCCGACGCCUCCUUGUACUGCGAUGACGUGGACAUCCGCUUCAGCAAGACCAUGAACUCCUGCAAGGUGCUGCAGAUCCGGUACGCCAGCGUGGAGCGGCUGCUGGAGAGGCUGACGGACCUGCGCUUCCUGAGCAUCGACUUCCUCAACACCUUCCUGCACUCCUACCGCGUCUUCACCACGGCCGUCGUGGUCCUGGACAAGCUCAUCACCAUCUACAAGAAGCCCAUCAGCGCCAUCCCUGCCAGGUCGCUGGAGCUCCUGUUCGCCAGCGGCCAGAACAGCAAGCUCCUGUAUGGCGAUCCCCCCAAGUCGCCGCGCGCCACCCGCAAGUUCUCCUCGCCACCGCCCCUGUCCAUCACCAAGACGUCAUCACCGAGCCGCCGGCGGAAGCUGUCCCUCAACAUCCCCAUCAUCACCGGCGGCAAGGCGCUGGACCUGGCCGCACUCAGCUGCAGCUCCAACGGCUACACCAGCAUGUACUCCGCCAUGUCGCCCUUCAGCAAGGCCGCGCUGGACACCAGCAAGCUCUACGUGGCCAGCACCUUCGCCAACAAGAUUCCGGAUGAGGGAGACAUGACCCCCGAGAAGCCUGAAGACCCCCCGGCACCCAGCAAGCAGAGCUCCGAAGUCUCGGUGAGGGAAGAGUCAGAUAUUGAUCAGAACCAGAGCGAUGACGGGGACACUGAGACAUCCCCAACGAAAUCUCCAACGACACCAAAAUCGGUCAAAAGCAAAAAUUCUUCAGAGUUUCCACUCUUCUCCUACAACAACGGAGUCGUCAUGACCGCCUGUCGAGAACUGGACAGUAACCGCAGUGCCCUCUCGGCCGCCUCUGCCUUUGCCAUAGCAACUGCGGGAGCCAACGAGGGCACCCCAAACAAGGAGAAGUACCGCAGGAUGUCCCUGGCCAGUGUGGGAUUCCCGCCAGAUCAGAGGAAUGGAGACAAGGAGUUUGUGAUCCGCAGAGCAGCCACCAACCGCGUCCUGAAUGUACUGCGACACUGGGUCUCCAAGCACUCUCAGGACUUUGAGACCAACGACGAGCUCAAAUGCAAAGUGAUCGGCUUCCUGGAGGAGGUCAUGCACGACCCGGAGCUCCUGACCCAGGAGCGGAAGGCGGCAGCCAACAUCAUCCGGACUCUGACCCAGGAGGACCCAGGUGACAACCAGAUCACGCUGGAGGAGAUCACACAGAUGGCUGAAGGCGUGAAGGCCGAGCCCUUUGAAAACCACUCAGCCCUGGAGAUCGCAGAGCAGCUCACCCUGCUGGACCACCUCGUCUUCAAGAAGAUUCCUUAUGAAGAGUUCUUCGGACAAGGCUGGAUGAAAAUGGAGAAGAAUGAACGCACCCCUUAUAUCAUGAAAACCACCAAGCACUUCAAUGAUAUCAGUAACUUGAUUGCUUCAGAAAUCAUCCGCAAUGAGGACAUCCACGCGAGGGUGAGUGCCAUCGAGAAAUGGGUGGCUGUGGCGGACAUCUGCCGCUGCUUACACAACUACAAUGCCGUGCUGGAGAUCACCUCAUCCAUGAAUCGGAGCGCAAUCUUCCGGCUCAAAAAGACGUGGCUCAAAGUCUCUAAGCAGACAAAAGCUUUGAUUGAUAAGCUCCAAAAACUUGUGUCAUCAGAGGGCAGAUUUAAGAAUCUCAGAGAAGCCCUGAAAAAUUGUGACCCGCCCUGUGUCCCUUACCUGGGGAUGUACCUCACCGACCUGGCCUUCAUCGAGGAGGGGACGCCCAAUUACACGGAGGACGGCCUAGUCAACUUCUCCAAAAUGAGGAUGAUAUCCCACAUCAUCCGAGAGAUCCGCCAGUUUCAACAAACCGCCUACAAGAUCGAGCACCAGGCGAAGGUAACCCAGUAUUUACUGGACCAGUCUUUCGUAAUGGAUGAAGAAAGCCUCUACGAGUCUUCUCUCCGAAUAGAACCAAAACUCCCCACCUGAAGCUGGCCCUGGCCCAGACCCAACGCUCCCCCGGACACAUGCUCUAUGAUAUUGUACAUAUUCGUUUGGUUUCUCUGGAUCUUCCUCUUCAGUAUGUGCUUCUCCAAGAAAACAAAUCCGUUCUUGUUCUUAGAUUCCUGUAGAACCGGAAUAUGAAUUUCUGCACCGUCUGAGACUCUGCCCCCACCCGCCCCUGGUCUCCCACAGUGCCUGGUUCUUUCAAACAGCUCUCCUCCUCCUCCCCCUCCUCCUCCUC